UCAGGAUGGUGGGGGCUCCGCUGGCAUCCAAAAAAGGGUCUGCAGAUUUGGGUCGGGAAGUGAUCAGAAUAAAAGUUGGGGGCGGGGAGGACGAGACACCAGUUCUAUACAAAGUUAAUUUGGGGCUUUGGGGGAAAUCUGGAAAUUGUAGGAAAAGGCGGGAAAUAAAGGAUUCAGGCAGAAGGGAUUCCCCCCGGACAGAAGAUUUGAGGUGGGGAGUUUCCUAUGCCUCUAUUUGGUUAGAAGUAAAUCUCAGUAUUUUUCCACAUCCUCUUUUUCAAGACACCCAAGGCCACAAUGGAUCGCCAGCAGGACACAGAAACUGAUGAGCAUUUCACUAAAAUCAAAAUGGAGGAAAGUGUCCAGAACAAAAUUCAAAGGGAAAAUGUAUCCUUUGGGCAAGAGGGUAGCUGUAACUAUCCAGAAAAGAUUGAAGAUGUCAAUUCCAUCUUGUUCAAGAAAGUGCUGGAAGAAGUUGAUAAGUGGCCCCCAUCAUCUUCAGAAGGAGAGAAGAACCUCAUUUUGCUGAAGACCGUGCAUUUGAAAACAGAGAAAGAUAAUAUCCAGGGGGCUUGUUUAACUGAUCACCCAGUGAUGCUGCACACUAUGUUGCGAAGAGAGGCAGGCUACAUCCACUCGUUGGCGAGAAUGCCAGAUAGCAUAGACAUUCAGGAGAACCCAAGGAAAGUCUUGGCAAUAAGUUUGCCAGAAGACAUUUAUGUGUUCCAUGAGAUGGAAGUGAUCAACGGUCCAAAAGAAACACUAGGAUUUCAUGAGGAGAGAUGGUCAAUUGAGAAGGAUCCAAAUAUUCCUGGGAUUCAGGUUGAUAGAGAUGGAAGCAGGGACCCGCAGCUCCUCGUAGCUGGAGAGGGAAGGAUUAUCCCUCUUCCUGACUCUGACGCAGCAGAUAUUCCAAAUGUAGCCACGCUGUUGCACAAUUCUGAAAAUAAAGCCCAGAGCAAGGACAGCGUAUCCCAACCUCCUGUUGCAAUAAGCCGUGACGUUUCUUCAGAGAUCCAGGAGGACAUAGUCCAGCAAGGGAAAGGAAGCAUUCAGCAACACUGCAAUCUGUGUCUGUUCACCACAUUCAGUCUGUCUGGCCUUAAACGCCACAUGAAGAAACAUUCCCACGAAAAGCCACAUCAGUGUCACAUCUGUCUUAAAGCUUUCCGUACGCUUUCUCUGUUGCGCAACCACAUGAACACCCAUACAGGGACAAAGCCACACAAGUGUAAUGAAUGUGAUAUGGCCUUUGUGACAGUGGGGGAACUUUCCCGCCACAAGCGAUAUAAACAUACUCUGGAGAAGCCCUUUAAAUGCUCCAUCUGUAACUACUGCAGCGUAGAGGCCAGCAAACUGAAACGCCACAUUCGCUCACAUACAGGAGAGCGUCCUUACAGUUGUACGGUGUGCUCCUAUGCUAGUAGGGACACUUACAAAUUGAAAAGACAUAUGGUAACUCACUCAGGUGAAAAACCCUUUGAAUGUGUGAUUUGCAAAGCAAGAUUCACACAGGCUGGGACUUUGAAGUUCCAUGUUUUGCAUAAACAUGGGAAAAAUGUACCAAAACACCAGUGUCCACACUGUGCCACAUCCGUUGCCCGGAAAGGCGAUUUAAGUAUCCACCUGCGAAACCUGCAUUCUUACAUUGAGAUACCGGUCAAGUGCAAUUAUUGUGAUAGUGCCUUCCACGAGCGUUACGCUCUGCAACAACACAAGAAGAUACAUAGAAAUGAAAAGAAAUUCAAGUGUGAUCAAUGCAGCUACAUGUGCAAACAGGAACGCCACAUGAUUGUGCACAAGCGGAUGCACACCGGUGAGAAGCCCUUUGUUUGCGUCUCCUGCAAUGAGGGCUUCCGGCAGAAACAGCUCUUAACCAUUCACUUCAAGAAACACCACGAUUCCAGCUUUGAGCCAAAGGUCUAUGCAUGUCCCAAGUGUGGCAAGGUCUAUUCACGUUGGAAUAACAUGCUCAAGCAUACUGAAAAGUGCAGAGAGACAAGAGCUGUUGAAAGCUCUCCAUCCUGCAAAGCAAACAAGAGGAAGAAAAGAGAAAGGCGAAGUCAUCCUGUGGCCAAACAAGAAGAAGCUGUUUGUGUGAACACUCCGUUCUGCACCCCGUACUGUGUUUCUCACGAAGCAUGGGAGAAGAAAGAAACUGCCCUGAAUGACAGUAAAGCGGGAAUUACUUGUGAGACCAUCUUCAGUUUGAUGGACAAGUAGUGCUGUUUGCUCCUUCUUCUUUCUGCUUGCAAAGCAGUGGCUUCCAUUCUAGAAGAGCAUAAAAACCCAGAUGGAGAUCUGCGAUGUUUUCUCGUAUAAUUAUUCAAGGGCUAAAUUUUGCUCACCGCCUUGUCUUUUGGUCUUGUUUGGAUAGUGUCGUAUACAGAGGAGAAUCUUUACAUGGUUAAAUAUGUGGAAUCCUUUCCGUUCUGUGAGACCCUUUCCAUUGUUUCCGGCUUUAGUGUUUUAGGUAACCAGAGUUGGAGUUAAGCUCUGAUAUCAGUUUAUUCUUCCGUGGCGAUGUUCCCCCAUUGCUUUUUAUGGCAAAUUCAUCUCCAGGUCAGGUUUAGAUGUUAAUGUAGAGUCAGUCAGAGGUGGGAUUCACUUACCUUCACUACCGGUUCGCAAAUGUGAGCACACGCACCUCCUCUGCACAUGUGCAUGGCCUUCCGCGCAUGCGCAGUGCUCGCGCAUUACGUCCAGGCGGGUGGGCAGAGCCUCCCGCAGUCGCCACUACCGGUUCGCUUGAACCGGACAGAACCGGCUGAAUCCCACCUCUGGAGUCAGGGGCCUUUACAUUUUUGCUCCCAAUGGCAACCCCAAGCUCCUGCCAUUAUGUAUUGCGAAACAGAUCUCAUUGAACUGAAUGGAAAGCUUGAUUUUUAUCAAUAUGUGACCAUGAUCAAAUCAAACCAAACUUAGAUGCACAUACAUGAACAUGGGACAUCAUAAGAACUGAAUCUGAACCUACCUUGUCCUCGUUUUUGUGGAACCGUUGAUCUAAUCAAGUACUCCCAACAGUUGGUUAAAUAUUAAAGCCGAAGUUCUUGUACCAAAGUGCUCUUGCUUAGUUCUUUUUAAAUGUGUUGUAAGUAUCGCAUAGAAAUCAGAACAAAUGAGGUUAGUUUAGGCUAGUGGUUUCUUUAUGAUAAUAGUGCAAUAGUCUUUUAUUUAAAUAUUUAUUUUAUUUAAACAUUUACUUAUUUGACACGAAAAGUACUGUUAAAGCUGAUGCUAUGUCUGUGUUUUAUUAGAACAUUAGAGCUAUUCCGUGGCUAACUGGGGAAAAUUGCUAUGCCAUUGUUAUUUAGGCAUAGAAAUGCAAAGUAUAAUCAGUUCUUGUUUAAUAAAGUUUCUGUGCAUA